AUGGGACUUGGAGGGAACAAGUUCAACGGGAAUAUUCCAGAGACUUUUGGUCAGCUGUCUGAAUUUACGAACUUUGCUGUCCCUUUCAAUGAUCUGAAUGGCAUUGUUUCCGAAGCUCAUUUAUUGAAGCUAAGUAAACUGACAUUCUUGCAUUUUUCUUCAAAUUCUUUGAUUUUAUAUUUGAAAGAUGAUUGGAUCCCUCCAUUCCAGAACCGAAAUCUUGAUCUGGGUUCAUGUCAAAUACACGGGAAGUUACCAUCUUUAUUUGAUGUUGUUCCCUUUGCAGACAUUGAUCUGAGUUCCAACCUGUUUGAAGGACCUAUCCCUCUUCCAAGUGUUGAUGUUGAAUUAUUUUCUCUCUCCUUCAACAGAUUCUAUGGUGUUAUCCCAUCUAACAAUAAGAACAUCAUGCCAAAUCUAAUCUUUCUUUCGCUUGGAAGUAACCGCUUAUCAGGAGAAAUCCCAUCCUCUAUUGGAGAAAUGGUUUCACUUCUAGUCAUUGAUCUGUCAAAUAAUUCUUUGAUGGGAUACAUCCCAUCAGUUUUUGGAAAUUGUGUUUACCUUAAAGUAUUAGACCACGGAUUAUAA